AUGCAAUUUCGAAGUUGGACGGGCAGGCCAAUGAUGAAGCGAAAAGCUGGCACGGACGUCGGCGGUACCCUUGCCCGCAUCCCCUACCCCGCGAGGUUCCGUGGAGCGAUUACUGAGGCGAUCGGCAGCGGCUGCACCUCGCCAGAAACAACUCCCGCGAUGCUAAAUAAAUUCAAAACCGACCGACACCGGACACCGCUGCCCCUAGUUGUUAUUCGGCCCUCGCUGAAAUUCUUUUUAUGCCAGUAA